UGCGUGCACGCGCACGCGUGCUGCUGCGUGAGCGCGUGCGUGCUCGCGUGCGUGCGCGGCCCCGGCGACUCGGCGUCGCGGUGGCCGGAGUCGGGCGGAUCCGGAGGCUGCUGCGGUCGGGCAGGAGGUGGGCCAGUGGCUGGGGCAGGUGCGGGGGGAGCGGCCUCGGUCGAGGCGCGUUCGGGACUGCAGAGGAGCCGAGCCUGAGGCGCGAGGAGCGGGCUAGGUUUUCCAGAUUUCGCCUUUCCUCAGACAAGAGGAAUAAAGAAUGACUUCUGGGCUUCUGACAGCCGGGUCAAUGGAAUCGGUGACGUUCCAGGAUGUGGCUGUGGACUUCACCCAGGAGGAGUGGGGGCGCUUGGAGCCGGCCCAGAAGGACCUGUACAGGGAGGUGAUGCUGGAGAACUAUCAGAACUUUGUCUCCCUUGGAGGACUGCCAGCCCCCAAACCUCAUGUGAUUUCCCAGUUGGAGAGAGGAGAAGCACCAUGGAUAACAGAGAGAGAAGCCCUGGGAGGCAUUUGUCAAGAUUUCUUCAUUCAACAUACAAGGUAUGAGAUCAAGGAACCAUCUAUAAAUUACGGCAUUUUUAUGGGAGCAUCAGUCAAGGAGAGACUCUCAAAGAAUCCCAUCUGGAAUUCUAAGUUAGGUGAAGCGUGGGGUUUUAAUGUCUGGUUGGAAGACCAUAAGGGGAAGGAGGAGAGAUGGUCCCAGCAAGUUACAGGAGGUCACAGAAUGACUUCGAAUGACUUGGAUGUUCAUGAACAGAGUGCUUUUGGGAGAAGGUUCAAGUUAGGGUCUGUUCUUGUUCCCAGACAAAGAGCUACUGCAGGAGGACAGCACAGUCAACAUGACACACUUGGAAGGAGCUUCAGGCAGUUGUCAGACAUAAUUGACCAUAAUAGGAAUUCCUUAGGGAAGAAAAUCUGUAACUAUAAAUGCAAGAAGCCUGUCAUUUACCACUCAGACCUUUUUCAGUACCACAGAUUACACAGUGGAGAGAAACACCAUACGUGUAGUCAGUGUGGGAAAACCUUCAGCAGUAGCUCAUGCCUUAUUGCACACCAGAGAAUCCAUACUGGAGAGAAGCCUUUUAAAUGUAAUGAAUGUACAAAAGCCUAUCGGCGGAAGGCACAUCUUAUUCAACAUCAGAGAAUUCAUACUGGAGAGAAACCCUAUGUAUGUAAUGACUGUGGAAAAGCCUUCAGCAUUGAUUCAUCCCUGGUUAAACAUCAAAGAAUUCAUACUGGAGAAAAGCCCUACAAAUGUAGUCAGUGUGGGAAAGGCUUUAGCCAAAAAGGACACCUUAAUCAACACCAAAGAAUUCAUACUGGAGAGAAACCUUUUACAUGUAAUGAAUGUGGGAAAGCUUUUAGCCAAUAUAAACACCUUAAUGAACACCAGAGAAUUCACACUGGGGAGAAACCCUAUGAAUGUAAUGUAUGUGGCAAAGUUUUCAGACAGUUUGGAAACCUUAGUAAACAUCAGAGAAUUCAUACUGGAGAAAAACCAUAUAAAUGUAAACAAUGUGGGAAAGCUUUCAUUGACAAUUGUGUCCUUAUUCAGCAUGAAAGAAUUCAUACAGGAGAGAAACCAUAUAUAUGUAAUGAAUGUGGGAAGGCCUUCAGUCGAGGAAUAUGCCUCAAGAAACACAAGAGAAUUCACACUGGAGAGAUACCAUAUAAAUGUAAUGACUGUGGGAAAGAGUUCACUGAUAAAACAUCCUUUAUUUGUCACCAGAAAAUUCAUACUGGAGAGAAGCUUCAUGAGUGUAUUGACUGUGGGAAAACUUUUUGCCAGAAGGCAAACUUAAAAAAACACAAAAUGAUUCAUACUGGAGAGAAGCCCUUUGAAUGUAAUGAAUGUGGCAAAGCUUUCCGAGUGGUGGGACAGCUUAACAUACAUAAAAGAAUUCAUACUGGAGAGAAACCUUUUAAAUGUAGUGAAUGUGGAAAAGCCUUCAGAGACAGGGGAGGACUUAGUGUACAUAAGGAAAAACAUGGAGAGAAACGUUACACAUGUGGUGACUGUGGGAAAACCUUCAGAAAUCGGGGAUACUUUCGUAUACAUCGAAAAACUCAUAAUCAGGAGAAACGUUAUAAGUGUAAUGAAUGUGGGAAAGACUUUAGCCUGAGGGAAUCUUUUGUUGUUCAUCAGAGAAUUCACACUGGAGAGAAGCCUUAUAAAUGUAAUGUAUGUGGAAAAGCCUUCAUUUAUAAUACAUCCUACAGUAAACAUCUGAGAAUCCAUACUGGAGAGAAACCCUACACGUGUAAUGAAUGUGGAAAAGCUUUUACUCAGAAGCAUUACCUUACCGAACAUGAGAGAAUCCAUACUGGAGAGAGACCCUUUGAAUGUAAUGAGUGUGGGAAGUCCUUCAGGCAGAAGCAAACUUACAAGGCUCAUAAAAAAAUUCAUACUAGAGAUAAAUCACUGAAGUAUAAUCAAUGAGUGUGAAAGGCAACUGCUAGGACACAUUUGAGAAUAUCAGUGAUUGCAUACUGUUGGACAAUUAAUGUAAAUGCUGUCAUUGUGGGGAAGCUGUAACUUCGACCCAUAGGGAAACCUACCACCUCAGGCUUCAUCUGUGACUAAGACUGGCCGUGGAACGACUCUUGCAUGUGUAUUUUAACUUCUUAUUACAGGGUUCGUGUGGAAAUUUUACUGUGGGGUUUUAGUAUGGGAAAUAUUUCAUAGGAUUACAAAGUCAUAGGCUUAAAGCUGAAAAGAACCUUAAAAGGACAUCGAGUCCAACUGCCUCAUUUUAUAGGUUAGGACACAAAGGAAGAGUCAUUAAGUGACUUGCCCAGAAUCAUAUAGCUAGUGGGUAUAUGAGGCAGUAUUUAAACCCUGACAGUCUGGUGCCAGACCCACUAGUCUGUGCUUCCUUUAGUCUCAUUACUUGUUAAAUACUGAGAGUUAAAAUGUCAAUUUUUUAUUCACAAGUUACACUAUUGUUUGGGGAUUUGAAAGGAAAAUUAAUAAUCGUAGUAAUAAUAAAGUAAUGAAAACCUUUAAUCUGGAAUGCAUGUUGCCUGCUUUAGGUGUUGAAGUUGUAUGAAUAGAUCCUGAAAGAGCCUCUAUAGUACCAGUUUCGUAAAUAAUUUCAGUAAAUUUGCUAAAGUUAGCAAGAACAAAUAGUAGAUAAAUGACAGAUGGCCUUCCUGCCCACAAUAGGAGAAUAGAUAGUGUAGUUCUCUGAAGUAAUUAAUCCCAGGGCUUGGUUGGGUCCACUCAGUGUUCUUGUUUGACCUGGGGUCUAAAAUACAAUUAUAGUAGUUAGAGCCCAAAGAUAGCUUGAAAGAGGUCUGGUUUAACUACCUUGUGAAAUAGAAGCCCUCCCAUUUAAUAAUAGGAGUUUGAGAAUAAUGAAGUUUUGACUUUACUUCUUGCAAGGGAAGGUGAAGUUUUCAGCAGAUUUCUGUGUGUGAACAAGAAUUGGACCCUGGGUUCACAAAUCCAUAACUUGUUGGGGAAAUUUGAGCUACAAUAUAAUGGAGCAUAAACAGGCUACUAUAUUAAAUUCUCCUUGGGCUCAAGCGUUACUGGUGUCAGUAACCAGUGGGAUUAAACCAAACUUGCAGCAUACUGGCAGAUGGAAAUCCCAGAAGCCAAAGCCGAGCCACAUGUAGCACAUUUGCACAUUUCUUCCAAGUCCCUUCUGCAUGUGUCCAUUAUAUUUACACAUUUUAUUCUAUAUAAUAAACUGAAGUGCUAUCUCCUUAGAAGAGUCCCAAUGCCCCAAAGUACCUUUUGUGCCUAUUUCCUAAUAAUCCAUGCAUAACAAUAGGUUUUCUUCCUUACUAAGGCAGUAAUUAUGCUGAACAGUCUCUCCAUGUGUUCACUCCGUUAAAUGUAGUGGUAGGACAGGACCCAGUGCCCUCUUGAUGACUUUAGAGGGUGUUCUUUUUCAGGAAUGGUCAGGAGUAGAUGGUUUCUAGUAAUCCAUCGUGCUUUGAGAUUAUUUAGUAGUGAGAUGCUGUUUAUCAAUUUUCUCUAUCAGGCUAGUUCCAACAGUUUGAUACCAGCCUGGUUGGGAGAGAAAGUAAUAGCCCUCUUAGCUACCCAGUGCAGUAAAACAGAGUCCUGGAAUAGGAUUCUCUGAAUAGCAAUGACACUGUUAAUUACGUUAGAAUAAUUCGCUUGGACAAUUGGUUUCAUUUUCCCUUGGUAAGUUCAUUCCCUGCACUGGACUAGUUGCUCAGCGUUGCAUAUGGAAAGAUAUUCGAACAGGUAUACCGAUGUACUUAACAGGGCUGUGAGUUGAUCCAGGUCUCCAUAGCAGUCUGGAAUUAUGCAGGUAAAAUGAUUAAAUUUCAUGCUCUGAUCCAGAGAUUCCAUUUUUCAGCAUAUUAUCCCAUAUAAAGAUGAAGCAUAUUUUGAGCUUCAUAGCAGUACUCUGGUAUCAAAUGAGUGAGUACGUAAUUAGUGAAGUACAAAAAAAUUGGCAUAAUGAAAUAUUGGGCAUUAAGGCAUGACUGAAUAGAGGAAUCCAGAGCAACCUGGGAAAAUUUGAGGAUAUAGAAGGAUUUUCCCCACCCGCACCCCCCAAAAAAGUCACUGUAAACAAGAGACCACACUAAUGUAAUUUUGAAAGACCACUAUAACGAAGUGAAACUGCAUAAUUGAUAAAUGAAGGUUUCAGGAAACAUACUGAAACUACCUUCAUGGUGUGUGGGGGAAGGGCAUAAAGAUUGUUGUGUAAAUUGAAAGUUACUAUAUUGGAAGUGUUGAUUGUUCUGCUUUGUUAGAAGGAAGGCUGGAAUCAUUCUUUCCAAGAAAACUGAUGUAAAAGACAAAAAAUAUCAAUAAAACAUGUAUAUGUAUUUUUAAAA